AUGAAAACCCGCUGUCGCAUAAAUCCAACCCACUCCUCCACUCCACUAGCAAUCGCAACCCUCCCGCACUGGCGCUGGUUAAUCUGCGAAGCCGGCUACGCAAAUGUCCUCCCACCACCUGGUCUGCGCGUUGCGAAUCAAGACUCCGAGACUGCGCAUAAGAUCCCAAUCUCCGGGUCCGAGGAUACUGUCUACGGUGUUCUUUACCAGAUGGAUGUUGGCGAUGAGAGGAUUCUAGAUGGUUAUGAGGGUGUUGAUACAUCUGCUAUUGAUGCGGGGCCUGGGGAUGGUGUGCCUGUUUCUAUUAGGCCCAAAGUGCAGGGAAGGGGCUCUUAUAAUAAGUGGUUUGUCGAGGCGGAUGUUGUGAAAUGGUUGGAUGGGGCGGAGAAGUUUAGGGCGGGGCUGGAUGAGGGGAAGGUGCCUGUUUUGGUUUAUGUCGAUGAGAACUGCGUGAAGCUUUCGGGGCCGAAAUUUGAGUAUAUUGCGAGGAUGAAUCGGGCUAUUCGGGAAUCUGUGGAUUUAGGGGUUCCCGAGGAAUGGGUGGAGGAGGUGAUGAGGAAGUUCAUUCCUAAGGAGUGA